AUGACCACAGCUGGAGCUGUAGCUCAUGUUAGAAUACAAUCUGAGGACCUGUGGAAUGAGGCUCUUAAAAAAGUACAGUUCACAAAUACUUCAGCACUCGUCGCUGCGGGCUUAGACAGGCGACAAAUUUUGGUAGAAAUUUUGGAGUUAGUGCAAAAGCAGGAACUAAAGGCUCAAGAAAGAAAAUGGAAGUGGAAAAAGAAAAAUGGUCAAGUGAUCAUUAUUCGCGACAUAUUUGUCAAGCUUGCAAUCUGGAUGGAAAAGUUCAAGUCUGUUGGGGAUAUACUUGUGCAAUAUGACCCAAUCCACGCGAGUUUACCAUGGGCUGUUGUUAGGUUUCUAUUGCAGGCUGCUGUUAGCGAUAUCCAAUCCAACGGUGCUAUCCUUGAAGGCAUGGAGAUCGUUGUCAAUCUUCUAGCGCGGUGUGAGAUCGUGGAGUAUCUCCACCUACAGAAAGUAUCGCGCGCGACGGCUCUUCUGGCCGAUGCAAUUGUUAAACUAUAUACUGACAUUCUUGAUUACCUUUUCCAGGCGCAUGCAUACUUCGAACCACACAUCUUAAAGAAGAUUGCAAACAGCUUCUUUCUUCCUGAAGAAUCAACACAUAAGUUCAUAUCGAGCAUCAGGCAAAAUGAAUCAGAAGUUGAGAAAUAUACGCGCCUCGUCUCUGAUGAAUCCCUCGGUGAGAUUAACAGGAACAUGAAUGGUCUCACACAUUCCAUGGAUGUAUGCCAGACGUCAAUACAGAGUCUCCAGAAAGGGAUAUCAUCAACGAAGCUACUGGGAAAUGACUUGGGACAACGUCUUGAGCGAUUGCACAAGCUCACACAGACGAUUCAACAAGAUACAUCAUCUGCAGAAAUCGGGCGGACCAAAUUGGAACACCAUUUGGCCAACGCCUUAAACGAUCUCAAGGACCCAGUGCAGCGCAUUGCUGAAGACAUAUCUAGUGUACAAGAUAAUCUAAAGGAAAAGGAGCGAGUGAAGGUUUUCGAAUGGCUUACAAUGAUCCCAAGCUCCAGCCACCAUCGGGAGAAAUUGCGGAACCUGUUAUCCGGUUCUUGCAAUUGGCUGUUGAGAAAGAAGGAAUUCAAGGAAUGGAUGGAGGCUAGCAUAUCCUCCAUUUUGUGGCUACAUGGAAUCCCUGGCAGUGGAAAAAGCAUGCUUGUGUGCCAUGUUAUCGAAUAUCUCAGAACUCGAGCCAUACAGCAUCACAGCUCUGCACCUAUUGCAUACUUCUAUUGUUCUCGAACCAUCAAUGAGCCUGAAAGGGCUGAUCCAUCAGAGAUACUAAGAAACAUAUUAGAACAGUUGUGCUCAUUAGAUGCGGAGACCCCAAUAAGGGAGCCUGUGUCGAAAGAAUACCUUGCUCGGAGGAAGGAAGCCCGGGGACGAACCCCGGAGAAGCUCAGUCUUGGCGAAACGGUUGAUAUUAUUUCGGAGUUGUUAGAAUCCAAUCCUGCAACCAUAGUCGUUGAUGGACUUGACGAAUGCGAUCCUAUUAAGAGAAACGAUUUGCUUCUCGGCCUGCAAAAAAUUAUCACGAAUUCAAACAAUAUCGUCAAAGUUUUUGUUAGUAGCAGAGAUGACCAUGACCUCGUUCACCAUCUAGCUCGUUCCCCGAACCUAUACAUUCAUGCAACUGACAAUACUGGGGAUAUAAAAAUGUUCAUUAAAUCGCGCAUCAAAGAGGCAAUACGAGAAGAUAAGCUUCUCUGCGGGCGUGUCUCAAGUUGCUUGAAGAAGAUCAUCAUUGGUAAGUUGAUAAAGAAAGCUAAUGGUAUGUUUCGACUAGCAAGUAUGCACAUUGACAGCCUCUGUGAUCCAUAUCGGGUUAAAACGGAAGCCAAUGUGCAUUAUGCACUCGACCACCUACCGCAAGAAUUGGGAAAGUCAUACGAUGUGGUGAUAUCGCAGAUCAUGCAAGCCGAAUAUCCCAAUCCACUGUUAGCGUCGCGUGCAUUGAAAUGGCUUCUUUGCUCCCGCGAAGCUCUGAACUCGAAAACCCUCCCGCAAGCCAUAUUUGUGAAUAACGCAGGCCAUCCACUAUUAUCAAAUGACGAAAUAUUAAGCAUCUGCUUCAAUUUGGUAGUUUACAAUAAAGAGAUGGAUAAGUUUCAGUUUGCUCAUUUGUCGGUGCGGGAACAUCUUGAGUCACAGCCUGGAUACUCAGCUGAAGAUACAAAUCUGAUGGCCGCGGAAGCAUGUUUAAGUUUUAUUAUAUCAGAAUCACAAGACCCACCUGAAUUUAGAAACCACGCAGUAUCUUUUUGGGGUAAUUAUGCGAAAUUGGCCCCCAGUGCGAGACGUGAGGGUAUUUUAGGAGAGUUACUCGCAGAAUUUUUACUUUCUCCUUUUGAAUCAAACAUUUCUGGACGUGCUAGGCUUCGAGGGUACCUGUACAAACAUGAAUAUAUGUUGGAAAUCUCACAACUCCUAGAAUGCACUAAUGCGUUCUUGCUCUGGACUGUUUUCUUGGCCUGCAAGCAUGAUCUCAGCGAAAUUGUCAGACGGCUUCUUUCUCUCGCAGAUUGCGAACACACUUUCACUGCUAAAAGCUUUAUGGGUCUCAAUUGUGUCCAAACUUCAUCAUAUUUUGAUAGCCCGAUGACUAUCAAUCUACUACACGACAUAACAACGUCUCUACUGCCAAAAAAGUUCAACCAUGAUUUAUAUUGGAGUUCUGCUUAUUAUGUUGCAUCCCACAGAGGGAGCAGGCGGGCAGCCCAGAUAAUAUCGGAGAUCCGAACGAAGGAAAAGAAGUUGUGCACGCGGCCUAGAAAGUGUUGUGUCAAGCCCAUCGUCAACCACUCGGUCAUCGGAAGUUUACUCGCCUCCCAAUGCUCCCCUGAGACUCAACCCCGAGAAGUGAUGCGACCCACGUCGCUACUCAUGCUUCAGAAUAACGAUGCCGACAUAGUAUUAACGCUAUUUAAAUCUUUCGAUGAGUGCUUCGGAUUAUGCAAUGAAUGCACCUUUUCGAUCUUGAGGCCCCUCGAUAUGGUGAGCUUGAGUCUUGCGAACGCCUUUGCCCCUCUUAACGCUGUCGAAAAUGAUACACCAUCUGCAAAACAAACCAAGAUUACCGCUAUGGCUAAGAUCAUUUCGGAUAUAAUGAAGAUUCCCAGCAAAACUAUGACUGGAGCUCGUGAAGUCUCUUGGGUAACAUCGAUUAUAGCAUUCGGAAUGAUUUCGGGCCAUGAAAUUUAUGAUAGGGAUAUUUUCAUGCAUCAUUUGACGGAGGCAUUUUUGUACAUGUCGUUGCAUGAAAACAAGUCGACCGAUGGUCAUAAUAUGACUUGGAACUCACAUUAUCGCGCUUUACUUCGCAGUGUGAUGCGAAUCCGAAACGUCGUAAAUGAACAGAAAUUUAUGUAUUGGGACGUCGUUCUUCUGGCGCGAGGCCUAUAUUGCGGCCGAGAUGCGCUGCUCGUAUUACUUAGAGUACGCACGAAAAUAGCCCCAAACCUAAUCAACCUUGCAUUGUCUACCUGGGAUAGAGAAAUGGUAAAGGCGUUGUUAGAGUACAACUCAAUUAAGAUUGACAAUGAAGUGAUUCGGUUCGUGGCGGGUAAUGUAAAGCACGGCAAGGCGAUAAUGGAAAUGUUAUUGGCUCGAGAAAUGGAAAGAGAAAUGUCGGAAACCGUGCAUGAAACUGCGCUCGAAACUACGCUUGAAAGCGCACAGUAA